UCUUCCAAAGGGGUCUGGGGACGCCAUGCCCCCACAUCACUGCUUCCUUCUGCCCGGGUUUCCUGGAAAGUGUGACGGAAGCGCUGUGGUCGGAAGUCCUGCGGUCACGGCCCCCCAGGCUGCAGACCCCGCCCGGAUGGGGCCCCUAUGCCUCCUCCUGACUGCCGCGCUGCUCCUGGCCCAGGCGGCGCCUCGGGGGGCCUCCCAGCACUGCAGGCGCCUCGAGUACUGGAACCCUGAUAACUGGUGCUGCGGCAGCUGCCUGCAGCGCUUUGGGCCGCUCCCCUGCCCGGGCUCCCGGGAGGCAUCCGAGGCAGGGGGCCCACCGAAGGAGGCGGCUCUGGUUCCACUCGUGGGCAGAGAACUGCCGAAGCUGGCAUCACAGCCCCUGUGUCGCCUGCUGGAGGAGCUCAUAGUGCUUCUGGAUCCUGAGCCUGGGCCGGGUCGGGGGACGGCCUGUGGCACCACGAGACACCUGGCGGUGAGGUACAGUCUGCCUGCUGCCUGGUCCACCUUCGCCUACUCACUGCGGCCCAGUCACUCGCCACUGCGGGCCUUGGUUGAGCUGGUGGUGGCGAGGGAACCCUCUGCUUCUCUGGGCCAGCUCGGCACGCACCUGGCCCAGCUAGGGCGGGCAGAUGCGCUGCAGGUGCUGUCCAAACUUGGCUGACCCGGGCCUCGCCCAGCCUAGUCCUCAAGAAAGUUUCCUGUGAAAUAAGCGCCUGCCGUCUCUGGGCCUCACUCAGGCGUGCUUUUGAAAUACAGUCUUCAUUGGGCCGAGACCCAACGAGAAUCCUCUCCUUCCAGCAUAAACGCAAGACCAGAUACGGCCUGAGGCGCCACUGAGAGCUGGCCUCAGGUGCGUCUGGGCAACCAAGGUCCUCUCUGGGAAAGGGCCCUGCUACCCCUGGAAGGGCUCAUCCGCAGGGACCCUGCCCGGGUUCCAAGUGGGAAUCCGGAGAGCACAUGUUGCUGUGACGCUGUAAGAGAGCCCCACGACUUACCUGUAAUUCUGAGUGAUGGCCUCCCACCCCGUGCUCAGGCUGCCAGGCUGCCCCCGGCUCAGGACUGGUGUGGAGGAACGGGAGCUCCUACCUGCCCCCAGCACCAUACAAACCGGAAGACCACCUCUCCAAACAUUGACAGACUUUAUUAUGGGGGGUUCCCACCUGGGAACCCACCCUCUUAAAUAAAAAAGUGCAUAGAAAAGAAGGGAUUUAGAAA